CGUCAAAGUCGCUCCUGCCUCCAAGUCAUUUUUCCAUUUUCGCCCAACCGCUUCGUAACAACAUGGAUGUCGACGCGUCCAAUCCUUUGACGCUGUCGCCACCGCCUCGUCCACAUUCUGCGCCCGCUGCUUCGCCCGAGUCGCGUCUCAAGCAAUUCUCGUGGAACCCCGCCGACGCUGCCCGUCUGGGCCCUUCACGCAUCACAAUCACUCGCCUCUAUCAACGCGCCCCGAAGGCUCCAUUUCACCAUCUGCAGUCGCAAUCACGCUCACUCCAAAACAUUCUUCCAAAGUCUCCUGGCCCCCAAAGAAAGAAACACUGUGCCACUCUUGACGCUGGCGCGAACCCCUUUCGCCCUCAGGACGACAUCUCUGACGUUAGUGACGACGAUGAUGCCGGACCUGUCAUGAUCCAAGACUUGCGCUCUUCUUCAGCACCUCCCGAGGCCACAAACACGCCUGAACCCGUUUCCGCCCCCAGAAUCUCCGACGACACCGCCAUACUCCACGCUUUCCUUAGUCGCGCUGCUGCGAGUAAGCGUCCCAUGGCCGCCCAUAAACGCGAGUCUCUCGAGAACCGCAGAGAUUCAGAUGCUGUCCGUCAUGCUCUUGCUUCGACAGACAAGCCCGAAGUCUUGACCGAACUUGAUCUGAACAGUCCCACAAUCCCGUCGUCUCCCAAGGCUCAGUCGCCUGCAGGCAAUGCUAAGCCAGAGCCCGAAUCCACAAAACAGGAGCCUACUCCUGAAGUUCCGGCACCGACACCUACAAAAUCAAAGGCGCCGAGAAGGACGACGCGCGCACGCACGACAGCAGCCGCUCCGAAAAAGCCAGCCAAGAUCGCCAUUAGAAGUGCCGCAGAUCAUAUCGCGCUGAAGAGAACGGAAGCACAAGAGUUGGCACUGGCCACGCGAUCAAACACGCGUAAGAACAAGGGCAAGAGUCUCAUGCCGCAAGCCAGACUUUUAAACAUCGACGAAGACUUCGUCUCAUGUGAAGAUACAGCUGAAGAUGCAGACAGGGUGGUUGUGCAUGAAAAAGCGCAGAGCGAGAAGUCAACAGUCCGUAGAGGCGUACAGUGGAACGAGACUCUAACUCACGUGCGCGAAUUCGAAUCAGAUUCACCCGACAGUCCACCAAAAACAAAAGCCCGUACAUCUAGAGUGUCCGCAAGAGCCCUCGAGCCCUUUGUUCCUCUAACAUCUACCGAAGAGCCCCUUGAAGAAGUCGUCGCAGAAGCCGUCGGUAUGGAUAUCGACAUUCCAGAGCCCGAAUCGCAGAAGACCACCAUCCAGACUCCAAGCGAACCAACACCGCCACCACGCGUCAAAGCCACCAUCCCAAGCAAGAGGAAAUCCCGGAUCGCGACGCCUGCUCGAUCGUUCAAACUCGCUGUUGCGAAACCAGUAGUCCCCACAGCAGCCCCACUACUACCACCACCCACAUUACCUGCAGCAGCCGCACCACUACCACAGUCCUCCUCCUCGGAACCUCUGACCACCAGCUUGGGCACGCCCAAAAAGCCUCCUACUCCCUUUACAGCCUUGAAACCUACAUCUCUAUCCUCAAGACUUGAACUCGCUCCUCCAAAGAACGAUGGAGUGUCGUCAGCAACAACUACUGCAUCUAUCACGUCUCUGUUGCCAGGUUUGUCCAGCCCCGCAAAGAAGCGGGUCAAGACAACCCUGGGCAGAUCAGCGGUGAGGCCAUCGGCAACAACAGCGGGACAAAAGGAAAGCGGCGAGUUGCCGG